GCCUUGGUUGUACGUGGACAUAUCUACUGUUAACAAGCUAGCUCAUCAGUGCUAGCCACAGCUGCGGUCUCAGGGCUGAAGUAAAGUUAACAUUAAUCGUGCUAAUGAGAACAUGGCUUGUUAGCUUGGGGUUAGCUAAAUACGCAUUGCACUCUCAAUUGGCAGUUUCGCGGUAUCUUAUGGUUUAACCCUGACAGGUCGUGUAAACGCGUUUGUUGGUGGAAGUAGCUUCGUGUGUUUUUAACGAAGUCAAAUCGCAAUGUAUGAAUGAUGCGUUUGGGAAUCGGCGUUGACACUUUGGCUGAUGUUACGCUAACACUGGGCUGCUGCUUUCCAGUCAUUUCUAUCUGUUGUAUCGAGGAUCCGCUCACAUCUCGACUAGCAUGCAGUGCUAGGCUAGAAUGGGGCUGCACAGCUAAAACAUUACGCGAUCAUUUUCAUUGUGAACGAAUGCAAACGCACUGAAUGCCAUUCAGAUAGCAUCACUGCUGCUGCUGUUGCUGCAGUGAAGGCGAGGUACCACGACUCCAGCUAAUGUGCUAGCCAAACAAAGUUGCAGAGUGGAACAUGGAGAUGGGGCGAUGAAGGAUCCUGUGAUAACUUAGACCAAACUCCAUCAUUGUACAUUUCAACCAGAUUAGAGUGCUUUCAGGACGCGAGUGAGUGGUACUCCAAAGCCGGCGAUGUCACGGGUUCCCACCCCUCCUCCUCCUGGGGAGAUGUCAAGUGGACCUGUGGCAGAGAGCUGGUGUUACACACAGGUCAAAGUUGUGAAGUUUUCCUACAUGUGGACCAUAAACAACUUUAGUUUUUGCAGAGAAGAAAUGGGCGAAGUCUUGAAGAGCUCAACCUUCUCUUCUGGUCCAAAUGACAAAAUGAAAUGUGGCGUCUCUUUAUUUUCCAGGUGUCUGCGAGUCAACCCAAAGGGACUUGAUGAUGAAAGCAAAGACUAUCUGUCACUGUAUUUACUUCUUGUUAGUUGUCCAAAAAGUGAAGUCAGAGCAAAGUUCAAGUUUUCUUUGUUGAACGCUAAAAGAGAGGAGACAAAAGCAAUGGAAAGCCAAAGAGCAUACAGAUUUGUCCAAGGUAAAGACUGGGGCUUCAAAAAAUUUAUAAGGAGAGAUUUCCUCCUGGAUGAAGCCAAUGGACUCUUACCAGAUGACAAGCUCACCCUCUUCUGUGAGGUCAGCGUUGUCCAGGACUCUGUUAACAUUUCGGGCCAGUCCAACAUGAACAUGCUUAAGGUACCGGAGUGCCAGCUGUCAGACGACCUAGGGAAUCUAUGGGAGUGUUCACGCUUCACAGACUGCAGCCUUUAUGUGGGAGGGCAGGAGUUCAAAGCCCACAAAUCCAUCCUCGCAGCGAGGUCUCCUGUCUUUAAUGCUAUGUUUGAACAUGAAAUGGAAGAAAGUAAAAAGAACCGCGUUGACAUCAGUGACGUGGAUCCAGAUGUAUUUAAGGAAAUGAUGGGCUUCAUCUAUACAGGAAAAGCUCCAAACCUGGAGAAGAUGGCAGACAAUUUGCUGGCAGCUGCAGAUAAAUACGCUUUGGAGCGUUUAAAGGUCAUGUGCGAAGAGGCCUUGUGCAACAGCCUUUCAGUGGAGAAUGUGGCCGACACCCUCAUCCUAGCAGACUUGCACAGUGCCGAGCAGCUCAAAGCACAAGCCAUAGAUUUUAUCAACAGGUGCAGUGUCCUGAGACAGCUGGGCUGUAAAGAUGGAAAGAACUGGAAUAGCAAUCAUGCUACAGAUAUAAUGGAGACUGCAGGCUGGAAGUCAAUGAUCCAGUCCCAUCCUCACUUGGUUGCAGAGGCCUUUCGCGCCCUGGCUUCAGCACAGUGCCCACCCUUUGGUCUUCCCAGGAAGCGUCUAAAACAGUCGUGACUGCCUGACUGUGCCCCAGAACUUUACUGGAGGUGUGAAGCAUGGGUUCAUAAAGGAAGGACUAGCGAGGGUGCCACUCUUAUUUCCACCAAAAUUGAACACACUUGAAAAAAGGAGAGUGGAGCUUUCUGGCCAGGAAUGCGGGGAGGCUGGCACGUUGGACGACUGACAUCAAUGGAUUGAGGGAAAACAGCGGUUCGAUCAGUGUUGCUUGCUUGCUUUGCUUCCCCAGCUGAACGUUGUUUCGGCGCGGGUAACAAGUCAAGCCGUCUGCUACUGUUUUUUUUCCUGUAAUUUUGAAAAUGGCCUUAUUAUAUCUGCCAUUGCUCUGGAGCUGCUCUAGAGUACUUUGUCUAUUUUACUCUGUGCCUGCCUUGUCACAAAGACCAGGCCUCCUCCAGGUUGCACUAGUUCCCAUGAAUAGUCAUUUUGAUAUGGAGUUCUAUAGGAACGUAACAAAGGUUUAACUAAAUGGGAAAUAUUAUAUAUAUUUGUAAUGUUUAGCCCGUUUUGUGACUAGACAUUAAAAAGCAUGAACACUUUCAGUGCAAGGUCAGUUCUUUACACUUUUUAAAAGAUGUGUAUGCCCCAUAUUGAUGGCACCAUUUCUAUGUAAAUGACAGUUGAACCAUCUUCAGAAGACCAGUGUACAAGAAAGUCUGUUCUAUUGCAUAUUUGUGGGGGAAAAAGUAAUCUGCCAUAACGAAGACCCGGUGUCAAAACUAAUAAUUCAUGUGAGACAGGAACGUGUCUGUACCUUGGCCCUAAUAUAUUAAAACAUUGGAAGUAUAUGGAAGUAUUUACUCAGUCUCCCAUUUGAAUGGCAUAUUCCAGAUCGUGCGUCUGUGAACCGUUAGAUUAAAUUUUUAAGAAUUUCUUUCCUUAAUAUUGCCAACUUUCAAAUAUAUAUUCUCAAUAUAUUGUGGUUAACUCAAAGUGGAAAGACUAAUGCAUGGUCAUGUUAUUGUCAAAGAAAGUGUCCAAUUUUGUUUUAACAAUUUAUUUUCUGCAAACUAUCUGACAUAAUUGAGCAGAAUUAAAUGAAUUGAGUAUGUGCAAAAAUGUCCUCUAACAUGCUUGGGUAUUCUGUAGGAUGCUGAGCAUCACUUCUACUGGCAAUGUUAUUCUGUGUUUGAAUGGGGGGGUUGUCAUGUUUAUUCAGUCCGUCUUGUAUGUAGCGUGGUGUGACCGACACUUCAGAGGAUUUUGUAAAUUAAAAGAGUAGCAUCAUUUUUACAUGAUAUUACUCAUCAUUCAGCGUCGUGUUGAGAUGUUGAAACUACUUUUUAUUUGGAAGCAAAAAAGAUGAAGUUGUUGUCUGCAAGGAUGCCUGCAUUAACCCAUUAAAACAUUUUCCAGCAGUC